AUGGACUUCUACGGCACUGCUUCCACAGCAAUCACCCAAAUUUAUCAGGUCACUGUAUUCAUCCAAGGCGUCAUCUCCGACAUCAAGUCCUUUGACGAUGACCGAGCCGAGAUUCGACUCAAGUUAAAUCUUCAACUAUCUUCCUUGCUCUUUUUCAAGCGAAUUUUCUUUCAUCCUGAACAUGGACUCAUGGUUCCCGGGAAAAUAGACCCUUUCAUCGCGGACACGGUGGAAGGGCUACUGGUGCAGAUGAGAAAGACAUUGGCCGAGUAUGAGCUUGUCGCAGCCAAAUAUGGACUCGUGGAUGAGGAGUUCACCAUCGAGCCUGAGAAGUCCAAGGCGCAAGAGUCGCUUUUGGAGCGGGCGAAGAGCAAGACCAAAUCGCUCAAGCUCAAGGGAUAUGACUGGUCGCUCUUCGACAAAAAGAAGCUGUAUCGGAUACUGGAGGCGUACACCAAGUGGUCCGAAGAUCUGCGCAAUCUCAUGCAGCACAUGUCUCAGGAUACAUUAGCUAAGUUGGCAGAGAGCGACCAUCAAGGAUUGAAAAGCAGUGGAUUGGAACCGGUGGUGAAGCGACGGAUGCUGGCCGAGGCCAAGGCCCCGGCGGAUUAUCACGGCUUGACUGGCACCCUCACAGAAGAAGGAAAGUCAACAAGAGGGUUCCAAUUGGGAAAGUUGUCUGUUUCCGGCUCAGAAGCAACGAAAGUGAUUGUUGAGUACCACGAGUACGAGAGCAUGCUCAAGCGCGACGAUCUAGAGCCGGAAGAGGUCAACGAGCUCAAGGAACCUAUCCGCAAUUUAGCCUGGCUGCUUCAAAGCACCACCUUUGCCAGCAAAUCAUCCGACUCACUUGACCAGCCGAAGAUAUAUGCGCUGGAAUGUCUUGGUUUCAUUGAUCAACCCAUUGAAGAACGCAGCGCUUUCCUUUACAAGCUGCCGGCAUCCGAGUCCGAGGACGGAGCAUCCCUAACAACCCUGCAUGCUUUCAUUAAUGCGGUCGACAGUGCAAACAAACGGCCACUAAUGAGACCCUCCCUAAAUGACCGCUUCAGUAUGGCACACAGUCUUGCACUGACAGUCUCCAACGUCCACGCAUCUGCUUGGGUCCACAAGAAUAUCUGGAGUAGAGGUAUUCUUCUCUUCCUCGAGACCUCUUCCGGGGUCAGCACGGCAGGACUCUACGAGCAGCGCCUUUCCACACCCAAUCCUGGAAAUAGAAUUGUCUCGUAUCUUAGUGACUGGGGCUACGCACGAUCAGUCCAACAAGGUACUGAUAUGCGCUCCGACUUUGAGGUUGAGCCAAAUCUCUAUCGUCAUCCCAAUCGACAGGGCCGCCCGACACAUCAAUUUAGUCGUCUGCAUGAUAUAUAUGCGCUGGGUGUGGUGCUCCUGGAGAUUGGCCUGUGGGUGACCUUGUCGCGGCUGAUGGAGGCUAAAAUCAAAGAGGCGGAGAAUAGUGGGCGGCUGCCAAAUCGGAAGAAGGUGGCUGAGGAUUUGAUGGGGUUGGCAGCACAACGACUGCCCAAGGAGAUGGGCGUGGGUUAUACAAACGCCGUUCUUGCUUGCUUGAAGGGGGAUUUUAGAGGGACCGAGGGUCCAACUCUGGCAGUUGAUUUCCAGGAGAAGGUGGUGGAUGUGUUGAGAGGGGGCAUUGAGUUGUGA